ACGACAGAGCAGCUGGCCCACAGAAAGAGUGAGAGCAAGCUAACGGCUCUGAAGUAAACGCUUGCCGUCCCAACACAAACAAGGUCAAUUUCAGCACAGCUCAAGGACUUACAGCAAUUCAGCAUGAUUGCAGAAGAUCAGAGAAAAAACAAAUCUCUAGGGAAAAACCUGGUAUGUCACCUGCAAUGCAUGUUCUUCAACAAGCCUUCCUCUGAAAAAUUAAACCCAGAAGAAACAUACAUGUGGUCUCAGUCGUUAGACAAACUUCUUGAGUCAAAAUACGGAAUGGCUACUUUUCAUGCAUUUCUGAAGUCAGAAUACAGCGACGAGAACAUCGAAUUCUGGCUGACGUGCGAAGACUACAAAAAAUUAAAGUCUUCCUUAAAGUUGAACUCCAGGGCAAAGAAGAUAUAUGAACAGUACAUCCAGGCCGAAGCACCAAAAGAGAUUAACAUCGACCAUCAGACCCGGGAGCUGAUAAAGAGAAACUUGAAGACUCCAACCAUUUGCUGUUUCGACGAAGCUCAGAAGAUAGUUUAUGGACUUAUGGAGAGAGACUCUUACCCCAGAUUUCUCAGGUCUGAUGUUUACAGGACUGUGUUGGAAUCCGUGACUGAUUCUGUCAGGAGUUGAGGAGGAAGCUCUCCGUGCUGAAAGUGAACUGGAAUACUUGGCAAUCCCAACAAACAAGCAGGAGCGGCAUGACCUGCACAUGGCAAAAUGGACACAACAGCCUCUCCCUUUUCAGGAGUGGGGCUCGGAGGCAGCGUGGAAAUGUUGUGCUCCAUGCGAAAAGAAUUGGGACAGACAUGGAUGACUGCACACUGGAUACCCCACCCAUGGAGUUAUCAACCUUGAGGAUAAAUCAACAAUCAAUUCAUGCCUAACAUAUAAAGGUAUUUCCUAGUUGUUUAGAUUGGGAGUAUGUUAUGUAAAUUAUCUAUCAAAGUCAUGAAGUUAUGGGUCCAAUAUCCGACACCAGGCUAGGCUGGCCAGUUAACUAGUGCUCCCAUAACUGCCUUUGACGUUGAGGGCACAUCACUGCAGUGCAGUAUUAUAGCCAAAAUGAGGACCAACCGGGCACUGCUUUUAACGAUUGGAAGAUGGAUGGAUGAAUCGAUGGGUGUCAUUUCAAAUUUCCAAAACAUCAAAUCACUCAGGACUAAACAAACGAAGAUAUGUAGCAUUUCCGUAAUUUUGUAAAGCACAACUAUUCACCACAAAUGUAUUGAUACCUGAUUUUCAGCUAUUAAGCAACUGUAAAAAUAAUGACUUUUUUUUCCUGGUGUGGGAGGAUUUUAUAUUUUUCAUUGUUAUAUAUCAGAUGUAUCUUCUAUUUAUUUCUCCUGGAUGUACAUUGUCCCCUUAAAGAACUCAGAGCUCCAAUAAAAAUGCUGAAACAUG